CAAAGAGACGCAAGCGGACGCUGUUGUCAUCUGGCCACCUCUCACUUGUGGAUUAUCGUCCUAAAUGGGCGGUUCUUCGACUUCAUCUUCGCUGUGGGUGGCGCUCCCCACGGCCGCAGCAGCCGCUGUUCUUAUCUAUCUACUCGUCCCCGAUGAGCGCCAACGCGCUAUCCGCCGUCUCCCGGCCCCGACUUCAACUCUGCCUGUGCUGGGCAAUACACUGGACGUCAUGGGCGUGGAACUUCCACGACUGCACGACUGGAUCGCCGAGCAAUGCAAGGCCUUCGGUGGCCGCACGUGGCGUCUUCAGGUGUUGGGCGCGCCGCCGCUCGUGGUCGUCAGCAGCGUCGAAUGUUUCGAGGACGUGCUCAAGACGCAGUUCGAGGUGUUUGACAAGGGCCAACGCAUGACCAACAUCUUCCGUGACGUGACCGGCGGUGGUAUCUUUGCCGUGGACGGGGCCAAGUGGGUGACCCAACGCAAGAUGCUCAGUCGGCUCUUCACCAUGCGGGCCUUCCGCGAGACCAUCAGCCAGUGCGUGCACGACUACACUUUGGUGCUCGGCCGCUCACUCAACGAGUCAGCGCGGACUGGGGUCCCUAUCGACUUUUCAGUCGUGAUGCAUCGCUUCGCAUUCGAUGUGUUUACCGACAUCUCCUUCGGCCUGCAGGCCAAUUCGCUGGAAGGCGGAGAACACACGCAGUUCAUGGAGGCCAUGAGCAAGAUCGGCCAUAAUCUAGAGAUGCGCUUCCAUUCUCCGGAUUGGCUCUGGAAAUUAAAGCGAGCACUGAAACUCGGAAGCGAGAAGGAGAUGGCCGAGGAGAUCGCUAUUCUGGACAAGAUGGUGUUCACUAUGAUCAAUAAAAACAUGGAGCGCAAGUUUAACCCGGACGCGGCCAACGAGUGGCCCCGACGACCUCAACGGACCACGAAAGACGUGGUAUCGCUCUUCUUGGACGCUCAGGACGAGCAAAAGACGUCGAGUGAAGCGUAUGACACUCAACUGGACGCAAACUUCUUACGAGAUAUCGCUGUCUCUGUGUUACUAGCCGGUAUGGACACUACAGCGUGGUCCUUGUCGUGGCUCAUUGUUAUGCUCAACCGUAACCCGAAGGUGGAAACCAAAUUGCGUCAGGAACUGCGUGAUAAGCUUCCCCGGUUGUUUAGUGAUCCCAACUACGUACCGACCAUGGACGACGUGGAAGGCCUCGUGUAUCUAGACGCUGUUCUACGUGAAAACCUCCGUCUAAACCCGGUCGUACCGCUGAACGCGAAGGAAGCGAACCGUGAUACGACACUUGUGGACGGCACAUUCGUGAAGAAAGGGACACGCGUCUACAUUCCGUCCUAUUCGUUGGGCCGUAUGAAGAGCGUGUGGGGUCGCGACGCGUCUAAAUUCAAGCCGGAGCGAUGGCUCAUGCAGGACCCGUGGACGGGUGAACUCACUAUCCGUCCCGUGUCGGCGUACCAGUUCGUAUCCUUCCACGCUGGACCUCGUACGUGCUUGGGUAUGCGCUUCGCUAUGCUCGAAAUGAAGACUGUCACGGCCUACAUGCUGAGCAAAUACCACUUCACGACCAAGGAGAACCCCAAGAGUUAUACGUACGAUAUGGCCUCGAUACUUCAGAUCAAGGGCCCGCUGAUCGUCAAAGUGCAACGAGCCGGAUAGAGCAACACGUUUUCAUUAUGUCCUAGUUCCAUUCAUCUUUGUCGAAUACAAUACAAUUCCAAUCUAGAACUGAGGAACCUUCCAA